AUGGCGGAGAGUCUGACAAAUGGUCCCAUUUCCGUACUUUUACGACUCCGACGGCGAUUGGGAGGACGGCAGCAUGCUAAGCAGCUGCUUGGAGCACCUAAACCAGAAGCUGCAUGGAAGAAGUACGGUCGAGGUCGCGGCUUGGAAGAAGCCGAAUACAAGCAAGCUAAAUUGCGCAAGGCUCGGGAAAGCAUCGAGCGACCAAAAUCCUCUGGCGUGAUGGGAAUCGUGAAGGGCUGGAUCGGAGUUGACGAAAAUUUCUACGAUUGGAGAGCGUGCGUUGAUGUCUGCGUCAAGGCUCAGACGGUGUCAAAGUCAAGCAUGGAUUAUACAAAGAGUACCAAUUGUAUAGCGGGCUCAGAUAUUCAAUCAUUGAUCAAUGUCCAACAAAAUCACGGCACUGGCGCCAACAUACUCGCAGAGAGUAAACGUCGCUCAUUCCUCCCACAACAUUGGAACGAGACGCUCGGCAUUCUUCAAUAUUCAUCAAGAGGUAGCGAAGAAGCUCAACAAGUCACUGCUACUGUCAGCCAUCGCCGCGGCCUCGGACAAGCAUACGACCUUCCAAGACGGAGAGACCGAUGUAAGUGGGAACACUCGUACAAAUCCACCGCCCGUGAAGUAGACAAUUCCUGCCUCACCUCAGUCUCAGGCGAGUACAUCAAACGCAAGACCAAGCUCACGCGCCACCUAUGUGAUGAAAAGACCGAUUGA